AAUGUAAACAGCAGGCAGGGGCCUGAUUCACCGGCCGCUGGGGCCAGGGUUGGGGGCUGGGGGUGCCCACUGGGCUUGGCUCGUGGGUUUGGGGGGGCAGUGGUGCAGGAGCCUGGCUCGUGGCUGCCGGCCGGCCAGUGGAGGCCCUCGGGCGGGGGAGGUGGCAGCUGGUGGCCCGGCCGCGUGGCCCUCGGCGGAGCCAUGGUGGCCAAGCUGAGCCAGCUGCAGACCGAGCUCCUGGCCGCGCUGCUCGAGUCGGGCCUGAGCAAGGAGGCGCUGAUCCAGGCCCUGGGGGAGCCGGGGCCCUACCUGCUGCCCGGAGAGGGUCCCCUGGACAAGGGGGAGGCCUGCGGCGCCGGUCGAGGGGAGCUGGCUGAGCUGCCCAACGGGCUGGGGGAGACGCGGGGCUCCGAGGACGACACGGACGACGACGGGGACGACUUCACGCCGCCCAUCCUCAAAGAGCUGGAGAACCUCAGCCCCGAGGAGGCGGCCCACCAGAAGGCCGUGGUGGAGACCCUUCUGCAGGAGGACCCAUGGCGCGUGGCGAAGAUGGUCAAGUCCUACCUGCAGCAGCACAAUAUCCCGCAGCGGGAGGUGGUGGACACCACGGGCCUCAACCAGUCCCACCUGUCCCAGCACCUCAACAAGGGCACCCCCAUGAAGACGCAGAAGCGCGCGGCCCUGUACACCUGGUACGUCCGCAAGCAGCGAGAGGUGGCGCAGCAGUUCACCCAUGCAGGGCAGGGUGGGCUGAUUGAGGAGCCCACAGGUGACGAGCUGCCAACCAAGAAGGGGCGGAGGAACCGUUUCAAGUGGGGCCCAGCAUCCCAGCAGAUCCUGUUCCAGGCCUAUGAGAGGCAGAAGAACCCCAGCAAGGAGGAGCGAGAGACCUUGGUGGAGGAGUGCAACAGGGCGGAGUGCAUCCAGAGGGGAGUGUCACCGUCGCAGGCACAGGGGCUGGGUUCCAACCUUGUCACGGAGGUGCGUGUGUACAAUUGGUUUGCCAAUCGGCGCAAAGAAGAAGCCUUUCGGCACAAGCUGGCCAUGGACACGUACAGCGGGCCCCCAUCGGGGCCAGGCCCAGGACCCGCGCUGCCUGCCCAUAGCUCCCCUGGCCUACCCCCACCCGCCCUCUCCCCCAGUAAGGUCCACGGCGUGCGCUAUGGACAGCCUGCAACCAGUGAGGCAGCAGAGGUGCCCUCGAGCAGCGGUGGUUCCCUAGUGACAGUGUCCACCCCUUUGCACCAAGUGUCCCCCACAGGCCUGGAGCCCAGCCACAGCCUGCUGAGCACUGAAGCCAAGCUGGUCUCAGCCACUGGGGGCCCCCUGCCCCCUGUCAGCACGCUGACAGCGCUGCACAGCUUGGAGCAGACGUCGCCGGGCCUCAACCAGCAGCCCCAGAACCUCAUCAUGGCCUCGCUCCCUGGGGUCAUGACCAUCGGGCCUGGUGAGCCUGCCUCCCUGGGCUCCACGUUCACCAACACAGGCGCCUCCACCCUGGUCAUUGGCCUGGCCUCCACUCAGGCACAGAGCGUGCCGGUCAUCAACAGCAUGGGCAGCAGCCUGACCACCCUGCAGCCGGUCCAGUUCUCGCAGCCGCUGCACCCUUCCUACCAGCAGCCUCUCAUGUCACCCGUGCAGAGCCACGUGGCCCAGAGUCCCUUCAUGGCCACCAUGGCCCAACUGCAGGGUCCUCACGCUCUCUACAGCCACAAGCCCGAGGUGGCCCAGUACACCCACACAGGCCUGCUUCCGCAGACCAUGCUCAUCACCGACACCACCAACCUGAGUGCCCUCGCCAGCCUCACGCCCACCAAGCAGGGGACUGCUCUGGGCCCCCAGGUCUUCGCCCCGGACACUGAUGCCUCCAGUGAGUCUGGGCUUCACGCGCCAGCCUCUCCAGCCACCACCAUCCACAUCCCCAGCCAGGACCCUGCCAGCAUCCAGCACCUGCAGCCUGCCCACAGGCUCAGUGCCAGCCCCACAGUGUCCGCCAGCAGCCUGGUGCUGUAUCAGAGCUCUGACUCCACCAACGGCCACGGCCACCUGCUGCCAUCCAACCACGGCGUCAUUGAGACCUUCAUCUCCACACAGAUGGCCUCCUCUUCCCAGUGACCGCGGCAACUUCCUACCAGGGGCUGGGCCCUGGAGCCUGCACUGCCUGCCUGGGGGGUGACAGGCGGCAGUCACCACCACCGGGAGCACUUCUGAGCCUGCCACAGGGCUGCUGUCUCCCCUCAGUCCCCACCUCUCCCUCUGCCAGCAUUGGAAAGGUACGGUUCUGAGGAGCCUCAACCCGAGGAGAUUGUCACUUGCCUAAGAGGGGACUGUGGAGAGUGGGAAGCAGAGCUUGUUCCCGGCGGGACCCUCUGUCUGCUGAAGUCGAAACUUGUUACUUGGAAGAGAAAGGGGCAGCCUUGGGCUCCUGUGCCUCCAACGCGGGCCUGUGGACAGCCCUGGGACUCAUGGGGCUCUGGCAGCCACCUUCUCAAGGCACAAGCCUGGGAGCUGUGACUCACUGAGCUCUGCAAGUCCCUGAGUCAGCCCUAGGUCAACGCAGCUGCAUCGUCACCUCUGCCUCCACAGGCCACUCGGCCCUGCUGCAGGUCCUCCCAGGGUGUGAGACGUGUGCCCAUUUGUACCCUUGCACCAGGCAUGUCGCAAGGGGUUGCUUUCUCCCAGGCCUGGGGCUCAGCGCCCAAGCCCUAGGCAGCUCAGGCGAACCGGGAGGUCACGCAGGGCUCUCCUGCCGCCCUCACCCCAGCCACCUCCUCUCCACGGCCCCAGGACUUCUCAUUUUCCUGGACAUUUGCUCCUGAUCCUCAAGCCUUCUGAAGCAGGCCUGGCAUCUUGCCACUACCAGAAAGACCACUUUGGGGCUAAGGGGCCAUCCUUGCUCCUGUGACCAGUUGUGUCAAGCCCAGGUCCCAGGGCAGCAGCUCCUCUGGCCUUGGGGCGCCUGCAGGCCCUUCCCUGGUUGGAGACGGGAGGUUACUGAGCUCCAAAGGCAGCAAGGCCUGAGCACCAGGCAGAGCUGGGGUGACCGAGGGAGAAGAGAGUGGCAAGAUCAGCAAAGGGACCACCUGUGUGGUCGCACUGAUGUUUGGAGCCCUGCUGGCUGAGGACUGGGGCCUAGGCAGUUGGCAACCACCCUGAGGAGUCUGAGGUCUUGAGUGUCAUUGGGAAGGGCAAAGCAGCUGUGAGAACCUUGUCUCCUGGGCCUGCGGUGGAGAACCCAGGCCUCAGUGGGCAGCCUCUACCUGGGAUUGAGCAAGGGUUCUGGGGAGACCCAGCACCUCUGUGGCUCAUAGCCAGCUGGGGGGGAGGGACUGUACAUUUAUUUAACUUUUAGUAAAAUCUCUAAGAAAUGUAUGGAAACUCGUUGCUUGUUAAUGAGUCUCCCAGCUGGGGGCUGGUCAAA